GCCGGAUGUGUCGUCGCAGCAGAAUUUCCUUUUUCCAACAUACACAAUUCUAGCCAAGAUAAUAUGAACUCCAUCAUAACAUGAUAUUGUGAAGAACUAUGAGGCAAUGGCGAGAAAUAUACUCUGUGUCCAACUGGAACAUACCAUAAGGCAACGUUGGCAGAAAGUGUUGUACAAGAGGCAGUCAUUUCCUGAUAACUAUGUGGAUCAAAGUUUCUUAGAGAAGUUGUGCAAGAAUAUCCAUGCACGCAAGUAUCAGUACUGGGCAGUGGUGUUUGAAUCUGGAGUGGUGAUACAACAACUAUGUAGCGUCUGUGUCUUCGUGGUCAUCUGGUGGUACAUGGAUAUGGGCCUGUUGGCUCCCCAGUGGCAGUUUGGAGUUGGCUUGAUCGCUUCCCUGAUUGGUUAUGUACUCUUUGAUGCCACUGCUUCAGGAAUAGAAAGAAAUCAAAGCGGGCAGACACGAUGGGGAGAUCUGAAGAAUUCUGUGGUAUUUGUGGCAUUCACCUAUGGCUUCUCUCCUAUUCUGAAGACCUUAACUGAGUCUAUCAGCACUGAUGCAAUUUAUGCUAUGUCUGCCCUCAUGCUCCUAGGACAUCUGAUCUUUUAUGAUUAUGGGGCAAAUGCAGCUAUUGUGUCCAGUACACUGUCCCUCAACAUGGCUAUCUUUGCUUCAGUCUGCUUAGCCUCAUGGUUGCCACGGUCCUUACAUGCCUUUGUCAUGGUGACAUUUGCUAUCCAGAUAUUUGCCCUAUGGCCUAUGCUACAGAAGAAGCUCAAAGCUCAAACCCCCCAUUGUUACAUGAUAGCUACCUUACUCUUUGCUUUAUCUGCCUUAAUGGGACUACUAACCAUUUCCAGUGUUGGCACUGUUCUUUUUGCCCUCCUUUUGAUUGCCAUCUCAUGUUUGUGCCCUUACUGCCUCAUUAGGCUGCAACUCUUCAAAGACAAUAUCCAUGGGCCUUGGGAUGAAGCUGAAAUCAAGGAAGAUCUAUCCAAGUUUCUUAUGUAGACCAGAAAUCCACACUUUGGGGUUCAAUUUUCCAAUAAAAGUUUUUUUUUAAUCAAG